AUGGAGGCGCCAUUACCACAACCACCACGCCAAUUCCAAGGAGCUCCCCCUCCACCGUCCUCCAACUCCAACUCCAACUCCUAUAGCUUCACGGCACCCCCAGCUCGAGUCGGAUCGAUCCUCCUCAGCGCAUCAGCCAUCACAAUCCCCAUCUUUUCCAAAGAGCUCGACCUCGCCUCCGUCGCCAACCCGCAAAAGCAUUCCACCAUUAAGCAAUACCUCUUCGGCCUCCUCCUCUUUAAACCACUCCUCGCCCUCCUCCUCGAUUGUUUUUCUCUCGUCUUCCUCUCCGCCUGGGUCCGUGGUUCGACAGGAAAGGGCAACAGUUCAGGAUUGGUUAUCUAUGCCCUUGCCACGGCGGGGUCAAUCGGGAUCAUGAUCUAUGGAGGAUGGAGGGCGAGUCAAGUUCUGAGGAAAGGGAACAUUCAAGGCAUUUUUGUGACGAGGGAGGCGUAUCGGUUUGUGUGUCUGACGAGUCGGGUCAAGUUUUUGUUCUUUGAGCGGGUUGGGCAGGGGUAUGGGAAGCGGGAUGCGCUCGUCUAUUUUACUUGGUUUACGCUGAGAGAUUGGAUGCAGCACCUCUUAUGCGACCUCCCUCGUCUGGUCAUCAACUGCACAAUCCUCGGUCAAGUCGCCCACCAAAAAUCACUCGUCAACCAAGGACUUCCGCCAACAUUGAACAUGCCAGAGCUGACAGGACUCACUCACUUUGUCCUAGCGUGUAACAUCAUGCUACAGUUGUGCAACCUGUUCCAGUUUCUGAGCGCUCUGGUCGUGUUUGUGAUGGUCCGUAACGGCAAGUUGAUAUCACUGAGGAAGGAUGAGUACUUGCAUACCUACUGCCAGCGCAACUUAAACGUCAGGGUCGUACGGUUGUUCAAAUUGGCAAAGACACCGGGAGGAGGAACAGGAGCACCGCUUCGGCAACACGACCAGUUGGCGCAGCAAAUGGGACGGUAUCGAGCGGACGAGGAAGCAGGAAUCGGGCCAGAGGGAGGAAUCGAUCUCUCACUCGCUUCACUGGCAUGGGACACUGAGACCCAGGACGACGGUAUCGACUACAACCAUUAUGCCUACAGGGCGCGGCCCAUCUCGACUGGUCCACCUCCACGGACAGGAAGUUACAACGAAAGGAUAGAGAUGACGGAAAACCCUAUAUCAGCAACAGGAUCUGUAUCUGCAGUACCAGGGUCAAGUUCGACUGGAGCACCGCCACCACCGCCAUCGUCGUAUCCCGCACCUGUGCCUGGAUCAUUUUCAUAUGCACAGGUGCAGCACUUGCAGCGGAUGCGGGAAAAGUAUGGAGACAAUAGAGAAUUGUACGAACCUAUGGAAUGGAAACCACCUGUGCCAGGGGUGUAG